CGCCCCGAAGGGACAGGCGAGGGAGCGACGACCACUGCAAAACAAAACCAGGCGAAGAAACCAGAGGGGAAAGCCAAAAGGGCACGCCUGGAUGAAACCAUAUCUCCUAGAGGCGAUCACAAAAAACAUCGGACUGACGCCUCCUCGGGGACCAGCGAACCACCCUCCUCCUAUGCGGCGGCAGCAGCGGCGGACCUGACGGUGGCGAUCACCAAUGAUCGCACGGGCAGGCUGACGCAGCAGGACGCAGCAGAGGUGGAGAAGAAAAUCGAGGACGCCAUCUACCAGGUGGCCAUUGAAACCGAUAUAGACACCGUAGCGGAGGCCCCAGCGUUCUCGGAAAGACCCAGCUUUGUGGAUGGGUACCUGAAGCUCUGGUGCCAGGAAGCAAAUACCAAGACGUGGCUGAUGAAGUGGUUGGAGUCGGCCACCCUACAAAACGGAGACCGUCUAGUCGGGAAGAGGGAGGACGAGAUGGUCAGAAACACAAGGUGCGGCAUUCUGAUCCCGUCCCUUGAAGAGAACCUGACGAAGAUGGGAAGAGUCCUGAAUUUCCAGAACCCAUGGACUAUGGUGAGGAAGUGGACUCUCCACCAAUCAAUCCCCCAUUGUCCAGUAAUGGACAAUGCAACGUACCACUCCGUCCAAAUAGACAAGCCGCCCAAUAAAAACAAAAAUAAAGCGGAAAUGGUGGCUUAG